AUGACCACUCCCUCCCUCGCCGAUUACUCAUCUUCAACCACUCCUACUGUCAAAGAGCACAAGAAGAAAACGAUCCUCGAUUUGCUGUUCAUUGGGACCGGUCCCUCUGGCACUCUGCCUGAAGUGACUUGUCUGACCGGUGAUUCUAUCCAAGAUCGACCGUCUCUCGGAGGUAUCCCUGCUACUAUGCAAGACAUGCUUGAUCACAUAUCUUGUCCCUCUUGUCAUGAUGCUAUCGAUACGACAGUGCCUGAGGGUUGGAAGAAUAAACGAGCCAACACAAGUAUUCUACUUCGUCUGGAAGAACCGGAUGAUGAACGAACGGAUUUACUGAUAGACUGUGGUAAGACAUUUCGUUCGGCGGCAGAAAAGUGGUUUCCACCUAACAACGUGACUAAAUUUGAUUUGUUGAUAACUCAUGGGCAUAUGGACGCCAUGUUGGGUUUGGAUGACUUACGUCAAUUUACUGAUCGUUAUCAAUUCACUCUCAAUGUUCAUUGUGAUAAGAAAACGUAUGAAGAGAUUGAACGCAUUUUUCCUUACUUGACGGAUACAUCCAAGGCGAAGGGAAGUGGAGCUGUUCCUUCAUUAAAUUUCCGCAUUUUCGAAGAGUAUGUACCUUUCAAAGUGGGUGGAUUCACAAUACAAGCAGUACCUGUUGAGCACGGUAGAUUCCGUAACGAAACUGAUAAUACCACUGAGCCAUUCAUGACCUCUGCAUUCAUAAUCAAUGACAAGAUCAUCUAUAUGCCUGACGUUUCUGGCGUUCCGGAAAGAACGAUGGAAGUUUUCCGUAAUACCGGACGUGGUCCCCCCGUCGUUUAUCAUAAUAGUGAGAUGGAAAGGGGUUUCGCCGAGUCAUUGAAGAAUCGGUUUUCACAAUUUGGAUCGUACUUAAAUUCCGUACUGAAGUCAUUUUGUUCUAACGAACUAGUAAAAUCGAUUGGUCAUGAAGUUCCUCUACAAAGACAGAAGACAGUCACCUCUUCCCCAAAGUUACCUUCGACGACACAAUCCUUGAUAACUAUAAUCGAUGCGAUCAACCCAUUUGGAAGUCAUCCUUCUCACUUUACUCUUCCCCAGGCGCUUGAUCUACACCAAGCUCUGGAAUCCAGUAUGACCUAUCUUGUGGGUAUGAACCAUACCAGACAUGAAGACUGGGUAAACCUUUGUCAGUCGGUCCUCGAUCCGGCUGAGACAAAUGACGGGACGAGGAUCCCCGAAGUCGUAUUGGACUUUCGGAAUUCUUUGGACGAAAAGCAAACGGAACAGCUGAAGGCAUUGAGAGGAAUGGUCAACCCUGCUUUUGAUGGUGAGCACAUCAGGAUAUCUUAUGAUGAUGACAAAACCGUCGGGCCGGUCGUGGAAGAGAUUUCACUUGAUCUCAGUUUUAAUCAACAUGUUGGCCGAUGGUGA